UUCUCCCUCUCCUCCUCCUCCUCCGCUCCUCCUCUCCUCCUUCUUCAGCUUCACGUCCAGCUCGAGCUUUAUGACUGUGAAGGCUGCUGGUCAGCGGCUGCGGGGAUCUUUCACCGAUGCUCUGCACCUAAUGUGACAAUUUCAUACAACUGCAACAAACAAGCGGCUGAAGCCAUGGGCACCUUUGGAGUGUUAGUGGGGAUUUUACACUAUGCGGGACUUUACCUUCAACUUAACGCAGCUGUCAACGUCGGCCACAAUAAGGUGGAUAAUCACGUCAGUGGAAACGCUCUUUUCACAGAGGUACCACACGACAUCACGAAACAGAGCGGCGAAGAUGUAGAGAUGGCUUGUUCCUUCCGAGGGGCGGGCUCUCCCUCCCACGCCCUGGAGAUCCAGUGGUGGUACAUCAAGGACUGGAGAGAGAAGUCAGCGCAGAUCACUAACUAUGUUGUUCCACUGGAGGAGAAGUCCAAAGAUGCCACCAAAAUUAGCGUUGUAAAAGUGGCCGGCAGCAACAUCUCCCACAAGCUUCGUCUCUCCAGCGUGAAGCCAUCCGACGAGGGCACAUAUGAAUGUCGCGUCAUCGACUUCAGCGGCCCCGUGGCGCAGGACCACCGGGUCCGUGCCUACCUCCAGGUGGAGCCAGAGAGCAGUCAGGGACAGGAUGACAUUAAACUGCAGGGGCACCGGUCACACUCCCACCCCGAGACAGUGGGCAGGGAAUUGAGGAGGAGAUCAACUGACAGCACCACUGACUGUAAUGAGAGCUGUGUGCUGUAGAGUGGACAGCCCAUCUGUCUGUCUGUCUGUCUGUCUGUCUGUCCGCAUGAUGAAGGAAUGAUUAUCAGCACACACAUCACCAUAGACCUGAGCCAUUGGUCGUAACUGGACCCUUUGUGUUUAAUGGUUCAUUUAUCUAUGCCAUCUUUAAAGCUGUAGUGCGUAACUUUAUUAACUGUUAUAUUCAAACCAUUGUCAAAUAAUGCAUACGAUGCUGAUUCAGCUUAAAAGCUCCACACAACUCUGUGUUUCUCAGUACAUUGCUGUUUUGUUCUUGUGUCACCUGGAAACAUUAGGAAGUGACACUGAUCUAGUGAAGCUAAAUGGCUUUAAACAGGUUAGAGUAUUACAGAAAACACAAAGAGGAGUCCACGAGAAGUUUCAGCGGUAAGAACUAAAUUCCAAAAUACCAGAGUGCUUAGCUAUUUCAUGGGAUAUGUACUUCCUGUCCCCGUCAUUAGAGUGUCCAGUCAAGUUCUACAUGUUUUUAGACUGUGGGAACAAGCCGGAGAACCUGGAGAAAAUCCACGCA